GGAUGGGCCGUGGCUGCGCCGUGGAGGCAAACGUGCACUCGUCCCGUGUGUUGUGUCAGUGUCACACGAACCGUGGAGUGUUUGCGUGGACGCGUUCUGCAGCCCGAGCUCCUCACACACUGCUGCAUGCAAACAAACCCACAAACGGGCGGAGGGGUCCAGCGAGGGACGUGCAAGCAUGCGUGAACGUGGGUGCGUGCGCGUGCAGAUGUUUGGAGCCGCCGGAGGUUUUCUAGGAAUCGGAAGUGCCGAUGGAGCCGCUCGCUCGCUGAACGCCUGCUUUGUUGCAUGAAGGAACACAUCCCCUCCUCUCUCGUCAAAGGAUUCCGUGUAAAGUCGCAUCUCUCGCUCCCCAUGGUGCUCGAAGGCAGGGACAUGGACGGGAUCGGGAACACCAUGCAGAAGAAGGCUGCAGAGCUGGAGCGCCUGGCCGAGGUGCUCGUCACCGGAGAACAGCUAAGGCUGCGGCUCCACGAGGCGAAGGUGAUCAAGGAUCGGCGGCACCACCUGCGAACCUACCCAAACUGCUUUGUGGCCAAGGAGCUCAUCGACUGGCUGAUGGAGCACAAGGAGGCCACCGAUCGAGACAUGGCCAUCAAGAUCAUGCAGAAACUUUUAGACCAGUGCAUCAUUCAUCAUGUGUGUGACGAGCACCGGGAGUUCAGAGACUUGAAGCUGUUCUACCGCUUCCGCAAGGACGAUGGAACUUUCCCGUUGGACAGUGAAGCCAAGGUCUUCAUGAGGGGCCAGAGGAUAUACGAAAAGCUGAUGAGCACAGAGAACAGCCUCUUGCAGACGAGAGAGGAGGACGGCGGGGGGUUCGAGCGGACGCUGGUGGCCUCUGAGUUCAUUGAUUGGCUGCUGCAGGAGGGCGAGAUGGCGACCAGGCAGGAGGCGGAGAGGCUCGGACGGAGGCUUCUUGAACACGGCAUCAUGCAGCACGUCACCAACAAGCAUCACUUUGUCGACGGGCCGCUCCUCUACCAGUUUAGGAUGAACUUCCGGCGGCGGCGGCGACUCAUCGAGCUCCUUCACGAGCGCGGCCGCAGCAUCCCCGAGAGCCACGACAGCCCCUUCUGCCUCCGCAAGCAGAACUCCGACGGAGGCAACACCAGCUUCCUCUCAGUGAGUCCCACUAAAGAGAUAAAGGUGGUGGUGGGAGUCCGCCGGAGCAGCAUGAGCAGCAGCUGUGGCAGCAGCGGUUAUUACAGCAGCAGUCCUACGCUCAGCAGCAGUCCACCUGUCCUCUUCAACCCCAAGUCUGUUCUUAAGAGACAAGUGAGUCCAGAGGAGCUGCAGACGCCAGGAGGACCUUUUCUAAAGAAGACUUUCACAAUUGUAGGCGAUGCUGUGGGCUGGGGCUUUGUGGUGCGAGGCAGCAAACCCUGUCACAUCCAGGCGGUGGACCCCGGUGGACCUGCAGCUGCAGCUGGCAUGAAGGUGUGUCAGUUCGUGGUGUCGGUGAACGGCCUGAGCGUCCUCUCCCACGACUACCGCACCGUCAGCAGCCUGAUCCUGACCGGACCCAGGACCAUCGUCAUGGAGGUGAUGGAGGAGGUAUAAGUUUGAGAAGAGCUAUGAGAGAAAGUCUCACAGAAGAUCAGUGUGAUAAUAACGCGGGGGACUUGAAGGUUUCAGACUUGACCUCAGAACCACACGGACAGAGAGAACCGUAGAGGACUUGAAACGCACACCACCGUUCUGACCUUGUUUGGAGAAGGAGGACGACGGAGAAACAGUGUGUGUCAAUGUGGGUGUUCACAGUAAAUGACUCAACCCGCGGGUCAAUCAUACAAGUUCGAGCUUUUUCUUUUGAAUUUAAGGGCAAGUGCUCUACAGAGGGAAAGUGCUUGAGCCACCACCUCUGCAGACGUUAAUCCAGCGGCUUCAUUGUGACUCUCACUCUUAAUGAGGAGUUACCAGACUUGAUGUGCGAAGAAGGAAAACGUCAAUUUCCUCAUUUUGUUUUUUGAUUUCAACACCGAACUGGAUCGUGAGUCUGUUGCUGGACAAGUCCGAGGACGUGAAACACUGUUUUUUCUCAUUAGAAACUCGAGAUAAAGAAGUCAAAGCUGAAACGUUCACAAUAAGGAAGAAGAUUUCAUGUUGACACUUUGAGUGACCUCUCCCCCACUUAGUGUCCAACCAUGGACUGAACCCUUCUGAUGACACAACGCCGCCCUCUGCUGGGAUGAACAGGCAGACACAGAGAGGGAGGACAUUUACUGGAUCGUCACACAGUAAAUCACAGAUCCUAGGUUCCGGGGUGUGAUAGUAAUAGUUUCUUUACCAGGGAUUCACCAUUUUAAAAAGAAGAAAUCAAUUUUUUUUCAAGCCUUGUCGUGUGAAAACCCCACAGACAUUAAUUUGUGCACACUUGCUAAUUUGUUGGUGUACAUAAAACAAAUGCAGUGAUAAUCUGCAUGAUACAUUGCCAGGCACAAUGUACAUAGACAUUAUGCACAGACAAACAAAAGAAGGAACCCUGCUUCAGAGAAAAAUUGUGUUAUGCGAUGAAGCCUCAUUAAUGUGAUGAGAGAAUAUCUUGCAACUAAUUGUUUUUUAAAAGGAUUCAUUUCCUUUUUAUUUUAGGGUGACGCCUGUAAACAGACCUUAAACUUACAUAAUUAUUUGUAAGAGCUUGUUUGAGAGUUAAUAUUGUUUGUUAUAUUUACUGCUGAGAGGCUCUUUGCUCUAAAACACCCUUUGGAAAUAUUGCUAAGAAAUGUUACACUUAUUGACUUUAAAAAAUAAAAUACACCAGUGGCAAUUGCUUAUAAAUCCUGUAAUUGGAGCCAAGGUGUGUCAACCAGCUUUCCUGGUAGACUUCACAGUAAAAGCAUCAAAAACAAGGUAUUUUAUUGACCUUUCAAUUAUAGAUAUUGUAUUGACAGUAUGUGUUCUUUGAUGUUUGAUGAUUAUUAAAGAGUAGAAUCAAUAUGAGUGUGUAAGAAUUCAGACCAUAAUCUAGACAGAAAUGUCCAAAAUCUCAUAUUUUAAUAUCAACCAUUACUUCACUGAUGUUACAAAAGUAAUUUUUUCAUUUGAAAAUUAACAUAGUAACUCAUGCAAGUUACAAAAUUAUGAAUCUGUCCAGCUUUGUGUCAGGUGACUAUUUUGGUCCAAUCGCGAUGCAGUGAUUGUGGCUACAGUCAAAGUUUGAUUCGUUUAAUUUGCUUAACAUGGAAAAUCUCAUAAGGGAACAUUUUGGUUACAUCUUUAAUGAGCAUUAUUAACUCUAAGCAAUUGAUUUAAUUGACUAAAGCACUUAGGUAAGGCUUUCCUUUUUGGAAUAACAUGUAGAAUUUAAAUAUUUAUAUGUACUUAAACCAUCUCAUAUUAAAUCUGACAUCCUAAUAAGAAACGAUAGUCUCCCGCUCGCCCCACAAUCCUGUUCUCCUUCAUCAUCUGUGUGAGAUGAUCACAUGUGCAGGAACCUGUGCAGUAAAAUGUAAAAAUCUAAACACAAAUUUUUUUAAGGGUAGUGUUUCGGUAAUUGAAGUUGUUGUUGUAUGUGAAAUUUGGUGCUUGUGUGUCUGAUUAGUUUUUGGCCCCUUAAAAUCAAGCACACACUCCCAAGCAACAGACAAUUUAAUAUUGAAUUGUCAUUUCCCCCAAACAAAGUCUGUAGUGAUGUCCAGCCACGCAGACAGGUCCGAGGAAAGUUAAAAAUCGCAAAUAAUUUUACUUCUUGUUAUUUGGAAUUUGGUUCGUCCUGGGUCUAGAUUCUGAGUUUACUGAAGGUUCACUGGUUUAAAGCAGGUUAGAAGUUCACACAAAUGCUAUUGUACAUCCGAAAUUAACUGUAUAAUAUUUACUGUGUUAAGUAAAUGACUGUGCUAUGAUGUGUUUAUAAUGAAAAGAUCAUAGUUAAAUCUAUAUAAUGAUUAAAAGAGGAGCAUGAUGAGUGAUGCUCUUACAGUCUGUGUCUGUAAAGCUGAGUAAACACUUGUGAACUGCGCCUGCCUCACUGGAUUUGUGCUUAGUUUAGUCCUGCAGUGAGAUUAUUUCAGAUAAAGUAAAUAAUCUAUAUACUGAGAUUUGUUUUCUAUUCAAGGUGAACAUGUAUUCAGGGCGUCUUCGUUGCCAAACAGUCAAACUACAUCAAGUCACAUCACACUGCCUCAGAUCGUGUCCUCAGUGACUUAUUCAGCGGACUGAGUGUUUUCUCAGUGUGCGUCGGUGUCGUGAGCAGUGAAAUGCAUGAUUCCUGUAAACCUGUGCUCAUGUAGCGUUAGCUCCAGAUUCAAAGUACCUCUUCAGUCCAUAGCGACUCGUAGGAAUGUAUUAUUGGACAAAUCAUUUCAGAAGUAAAGUCCAUUUGGGCCUUUCUUUUUAGAAGUCUCUGGUUCCACAUGCUCUCUGUGCCGUUGUCCAGGUUACUGCAGGAAGAAAGCUGAACACAACUUCCUCAACUCAAUAAAUAUAAUAUUUUCAAUCUUCUCAGAGGCUGCUGAUAUUCUCUGAUAACCUUCAAGACCUUUUGUCUGACCUGUUGUUGGAUGAUGCCAUAAAAUUACCUGUUUAUAUUCUGUGUAAAGUAGAUAUUUUACUGGUGGGGGGUUUUCGCUGCAUUUGAGGAGCAGAUGUCAGGGACCCUGGAUACAAAGAUUUCAAUAUUGUUCUUUCAUACUUUUUCAGCAGGUCAAAAUCACAUUCUCACCCGCUAACUGCAGACAUUAGUGAUUCUUCAUUAACCUACAGCGGCGAUGCCAUCGGACUUUAAACAGCUCAUAUCUACACUCAGCAGGGACUCGUCAAAAACUCACCCGGCCUCAGUUUGUAAUUUCCCAGUUUCUGUGCUUGGAAAAUGAUCUUAACGGGUUCCUUGAUCUCAGAGAGGAGACGGCGAAUGUUCCAUGAUUUUUCCGAGGUCUGAGUGGUGCAGGAGCGACAAACUUUCUCCCUUCCCCCUGUCUAGAAAUGCAUCUUGUGUGUUAUUGUGGAUUGUCGAAGGAGCUCUGUGUGGUUGUGUUUGGCUGAAAAGGGUUCACAGACUGCACAUUUGCCUUAAGAUCUUGUUUUGCUGCUAAUCCCAUUUGGUUGUCAUCUCAUCUCUUGCUCUGUUCCCAGAUCUGUUUUCUCUGACUUUGUGUAUUAAAAACAAACUGUAUCAGGUGAUCUAUGGACAAUCAGUGUUUUAUGGACACCAACUUUUAAAUGACACACUCUGGUUUCAAAAGCAAUGGUGAGAGAUUGUAUAACAUCACCCUCCUCUUCAACUACAGGGAUUUUUUUCUUCUUAAUGCUCGCAUCAUGAAGUUGGAAUGAGAGGGCGAAUAUUUUCACAACAGGCACAGCUGUGUGUUUUUCUUUUUUCUUCGCUAUCAGAGUUUGAAUGUUGGUUUGAAGAAGAUUAUAAGACGCCUGUUGAAGCUCAUUCUGAUGUUCUAAUGUAUUAAACAGUUAAUCAAGUGUUUGAUAAAAAUGGAUCUGAUUCUU